GACGGCUUAAACAGAGAUUUUGUAGUGCUAAAAGACAUAAUAUGAAGCAUUUGGCAGCAUAUUUAUUACUAGAACUUGGUGGAAAUAAACAACCGAACGCAGAAGAUAUUAGAAAAGUUUUGGGAUCUGUUGGAUUAGAAGCAGAAGAAAAAAGAUUAAAUUUACUUUUGAGUAAAUUAGAAAAUGAAUCAAUUGAAGAGUUAAUUGCUAGCGGUAAAGAGAAAUUAGCAUUUGUAUCGUCAGCAGCACUUGGAUCAGGUACAAAGGCCGUACAAGAAACUGCCGUAAAAGAAGAAGAACCAGUUAAAGAAGAAGAAAAAGAAGAAUCAGAUGAAGAUAUGGGUUUUGGUCUUUUUGAUUAAAACUAAAAUUUCAUAUUUAUAAUAGAUUUCUAUCUUAUUUGCAUUUAUA